AUGCCCAUCGCAGGCGUUGAGCUUGUGACGGAGGCCGAUGCUGUUUCCACUUUCACACAAGAGGAUUGGAUCAGCGGACGUUUGGCGUAUACGUCAUGUCGGACGGACCAGGGGAUGACGGAUGUGUUCAAUGUGACCGCCCGGGUCAGGGAGAGGAGCUGGGGUCAUGAUUCUCACACAGGAAGGUCUGAAGGGAGGAGAGAAGUUCAUUUGGACAUAGGGAUAACUGUGAAAAUGUACCUGGAGAGCCACCAGAGGGCGCCAACAGUCCUCACUCUUCAGCCUGUGGAGGUGGAGGAGGGCUGUAACGUCUCCAUUAGUUCACAACAUUUAGAGGUGGUGCAUGAGAUCAGCACACCACCACAUAUAGUGUUUACAGUUAAAAGUCCUCCCUCUUUUGGGUCAAUCCAGAGAAAUUCCACAGGCCAGAGAAACACAGGUUUGGGAAUAUCAUCCUUUUCCCAAGAAGAGAUAAACCAGGGUUUGAUUAUUUAUCAUCAACAAACUUCAAAUCGCACAAAUGACUCAAUUCUACUGGAAGUAACAAAUGGACAGGCCACAGCUGGACCCCUCAGGCUGGAAGUCCACAUCAUUCCACUUCUACUACCGCUACAGGUGUCAGACUUGAGGCUGGAUGAAGGCUCGUCUCUGCAGCUCACUCCUGACAUCAUCAAAGUGAACGGUCGUCACUUUGAGGGGAUGAACUUCCUGUACCAGGUGGUUGCUCCGCCUCGACAUGGACAUCUGGAGCACAGCAGAAUCUCUGGAAUGCCCAUAAGUGCAUUCACUCAGGCGGAGGUGGAGCAUGAGUUCAUCUCGUACAUUCAUGAUGGAAGUGAAACCCUGACGGACGACUUCAUCCUUGUGGCCAAUCAAACUGAAGUCCAGAAACACAGUCUCCCCUGCACAGUGCAUAUUCUCAUCACUGCAGUGAACGACCAACGCCCCACUGUGAGCACCAACAAAGGCCUGAAGGUGUGGACAGGCUCAGUCACAGAGAUCUCCGUGAAUGACCUGAGCGCCCAGGACCUGGACACUCCGCCUGAGGGACUGGAGUUUGUGGUGACUCCUCCCAGUAACGGUCAUCUGUCCCUGAAGAGCGCUCCGUCCAAACACAUCCUCAACUUCACCCAGAGCCACAUAGAGUCAGGGCAGCUCGUGUUUGUGCACAAUGGCGCUUUGACCGGCGGCUUCCACUUCCAAGUGAAUGAUGGAGUCCACUUUGCUCCUCGUCAGAUUUUCAGCACGGCUGCCCGCUCACUGGUCCUGACUCUGCAGAAGAAUCAUCCCUUAGAAGUGUAUCCAGGCUCAGUCACUCCCAUCACGGCGCAGCAGCUUCAGGUCAUCUUCAGUGACAUCACCCUCGUGAAUCAGUCGGUGGUGUUCGCCGUCACCAGACCCCCUAAACUCGGCCGUCUGCUCCAGCGUUCGCCAGACAACUCCACACGGAACAUCUCGACAUUCACCCAGAAUAUGUUAAAUGACGGCCAAGUUCUGUAUCAGCAAAACAAGCCUGAGAUGGUUGGAUGGUCAGCAACGGACACUUUCUCCUUCACCGUGUCCUCUCCUCCUGCGUUCCUCCCUCCACACACUUUCUCCAUUCUCAUCUCGUACCAGGCAAACAAGAGACACGACCAUUCUUCCAAAACCAUGCUGCUCAACAAUGCUGGUGCUGUGGUGGCCGAGGGAGGCACGGUCAAGAUUGAUAGAUCCAAACUUGAUGCCACAAAUCUCAUCAUGAAGCUGCCAGAGGCUCAGCAGAAAGGACAUUACGUUAUGUACAGUGUGGUUUCUUGGCCAAAUCACGGAGUUCUGUCGAUCCAGGGACAAAAUCUGACCAGGGACAAAGCAGACUUCUCCCAGGUCACUCUGAACAGACACGGCGUAACGUACGUCCACGACGACUCAGAGACGACCAGUGACAGUUUCACGUUCCGAGCUUGGGUGGCUCCUUUGGCGGGGGCUCCUCUGGACACCCCUGCUGCCGUCUCCUCAUCCCUCAAAUCUCUCUCCUCUGAGGCCUCCUCCUACUCCCCUCUGUACUCUGCCGCGGCCUCCCAAUCGCUUCCCAACCAGGCGGCCCAUCGUCACAGCAACAGCAAAAUGGUGGUGACCGAAAUGUUCAACAUCACAGUGACUCCGGUGAACGACCACCCUCCGCUCAUCAGGACCCGAGCCCCCAGCCUGAAGGUGGUGGUGGGGGAGAGAGUGGUGCUGGGACCAGACUAUCUGCAGGUUGAGGACCAUGACACGCCCCCAGAGGAGCUGCACUACAUGGUGAUCAGUAAACCCAACAACGGCUACCUGACUCUGGGGGAGAGACCAGAGCCAGUGACCUCCUUCACACAAUAUGACGUCAACCACGGACGUCUGCACUUCAUACAGAAGGGUGAACCAAUAACAGGGGUCUUUUACUUCAAUGUCACCGACGGCCAUCAUCGCCCGCUCUACAAACUCUUCAGCCUGGAGGUGGUCAAGCCUUCCGUCUUCAUGGUGAACAACACUGGCCUCUCAUUGGUCCAAGGAAAAACCGCUGUGGUCCUGACAACCACUCAGCUGUCGGCGCAGACCAAUAGUCGCAGCCCGUCCACCAUCACCUACACCGUCAUCUCGCACCCACGCCACGGCCGCAUCGCCAUCAACGACCGAGAAGUCACAACCUUCCAUCACGAGGACCUGCAGUUUGGGCGAGUGGUGUAUCACAUGACAGAACUUAGCGAAUCAGAGGACAGCUUUCAGGUUUCGGUUUCUGCAAGUUCCCCAGGUGUGGAGUACGGGAAUGUGGCGGCGCAGACGGUGACGGUGAAGGUCCUUCCACUCGUGUACUUGAGGGAACCGGUCCGAGUGCCCAGUGGGAUUGCUGUCAAACUGGGCAAAGCCAUGAUCGAUGCCUCAGAGCUGGCCAGGAUCAGCCGGGCCGACCCGCUGUUCCAGGUGCUGUCUCCACCCAAGCACGGCAAACUGGUCAAGAUCACCUACGAUCCCAGCCAGCCCUCCGAAGUACUUAAGUCUUUCACUUUCCGAGAUAUCGUCCAGGGGCGGGUCGCCAUUGAGGAGAAUCUCGAUGACAACGACGAUGGUAUCCAAGGCAACAAGUCUCUCCCAUCAACCGCACAAGGCCACGCCCCUGCACGGCCCCUCAACGACUCGUUUGUCUUCCUGGUCAGAGCCGGCACCGUCCAACCGGCGAAAGGCGAGCUGCACUUCACCAUCUUACCACAUCACCAAAUGCAUCAUGGUCCUUUGCAUCGAGAAAACACAACCGCUCGCGUCCCAAGUCACAACAGAACAACAAGCAGAGAGAAAGGCCAUCGGAAAGUCGGAGUAACAACGCCGAAUCAGACUAGAGACCCACACAUCUUUUCAAACAAAAACCACAACAGAACUCACCAUAGAGGGCGCAAUAAUCAUCGCUGGGGAAACCAUACGCGUAACUCUGGGACACAUGGGGAAAAAUCAGCCGGUCCAAAUCCCACGGCAACGAUUCCAGGCAAAACUGAACCGGAAAUCCGAGACACGCACCCGGUUUACUACGAAAUCCUCCCUCGUCCCGCCUCCGACCCUCUCCUCAUCAUCUUACCGCUGCUGGCGUGUUUGCUUCUCAUCAUCAUCCUUGUGGUCUUGAUCCUGGUUUUCCGUCACCGCAAAGAGAAGCAAGCUCAGAUCCGGCUGCUCCAGGAGUUAGCCGCGCUACCCCCCCUGUCGGAAGGCAGCGGUAGUCCGAGUUCGGGAUGUGGGGAGAGGAGAACGGCCAUGCCCAGUGUUGUGGUCACGCCUCUCGGGCCGUCCAGCUGUCCCACCUCUCCCAGAACACCCAUAUGUCCCAGAAGAAGGAGCCUGGCCCCCGGGACGACAUUUUGGGGACCGUUUGAUGAUGAUGGGAAUGUUGUACGAAGGGAAUUGAAUGAGAAGAAUAAUCUAAUGCGGUGUAAUGUCUAUAGUUCCUCAGCGUUCCAAAGCCCGCUCAGGUCCAGAUACCAAGGCCCUUCGCUUAAAGACAGUCAGUACUGGGUUUGA